UAUAAAUAAAUAUAUUAUUAAAAAUGGUCAGAUUUAAAAAUCGAUACUUUUUAUGUGAAUAUAUUCAAGAGAAUUAAGAAAGGGAAUUUUCAGAAAGAGAUCUUUUACUUGAAAUUAGAGAUUAAGUUUAAUACCAUUUUGGUGAUUUUGGAUCUGGAAAAAUUUAAUUUUCAUUUUAAGGUUAAUAUUCACAUUAUUUACAUAGUCAAAUAUUUGAAUUCAGUUUCAAGAUUAUUUAUUUUAAGAGUUGCUAGGGAUUAUAAAAAUAUUAUAUGGUCAACACUCUUGUUUAUGACUAUGUUUAGAUAAAUUCCUAUAAAAAUUAGAAUUUUAGGAUGCUCUGGUACAAUUAAAAAAUGUGAAUUGAAGGCUAGAAAAUUACUCACAAAAUGGGUUCAUAAAGUAUUAAAAUGUGACUUACCUAAUUAAUUGAGAACUGUUUUAAUUAGAGAUUAUUAAUAGACAUAAUAAAUUCUACCUUAAUUAACUUAAUGAGUUUUCAUUUAAUGAAAAGUAUAUAUACAAGAG